AUGAAAGGUGAGGUGUGGGUCCAGAGAUGCUUUAUGAUGGUGCUCCCAGUGUCGAAUGCUCUGUUGUCAGUUCUCUUUCAGCCAAGAUCAGCCCUGGUCCACGUGACAACUUUUCAUGAGUUCUCAUUGUGUACCAAGUUCUUUGUGGAGGAAACUGAUUUGUUGCGCACCUAUAUUAUGUAUUACACCUUUUGUAAAAUGCUAUCUGAUUUAAUUUUGACAGUCCUUUGGGAAGCUGCUAUUAUGAUCUCUCCUUUAAAAGACGAAAUAAUUGCAGCUCAGUGCUGGUCAUCUGUGGUGAGAGCCAGGAAGAGGGCUUGUCUGGAGCCCUGGGUUAUUGGCCUCAUCACCUUUAUUUCCUUAAUUGUCCUGGCAGUGUGCAUUGGACUCAUCGUUCAUUAUGCAAGAUACAAUCAAAAGAAGACCUACAAUUACUACAGCACAUUGUCAUUUACAAGUAACAAAGUAUAUGGUGAGUUUGGAAGAGAGGCUUCUGAAAAUUUCACAGAAAUGAGCCAGAAAAUUGAAUCAAUGGUGAAAACUGCAUUUCAUAAAUCUUCAUUGAGGGGAAAAUUUGUCAAGUCUCACAUUAUCAAGUUCAGUAAAGAGGAACAUAGAGUGUUGGCUCAUAUGCUGCUGAUUUUUAGAUUUCCUUCUACUGAGGACCCUGAAACCAUCAAUAAAAUAAUACAACAUGUCCUACAUGAAAAACUGCAAGAUGCUGUAGGACCCCCUAAAUUAGAUCCUGAAUCAGUUGAAAUUAAAAAAAUCAACAAGACAGAAACAGACAACUUCCUGAACAAUUGUUGUGGGACACGAAGGAACAAAACCUCAGGACAGAGUCUCAGGAUAGUUGGUGGAACAGAGGUACAAGAGGGUGAAUGGCCAUGGCAAAGUAGUCUGCAAUGGGAUGGGAUCCAUCGCUGUGGAGCAACUUUAAUUAAUGACACAUGGCUUGUGAGUGCUGCCCACUGCUUCAGAACGUAUAAGGACCCAGCCAGGUGGACUGCUUCUUUUGGAGUCACAAUAUAUCCUCCAAAAAUGAAACAAUCCCUCCGGAGGAUAAUUGUGCAUGAAAAAUACAAAUAUCCAUCGCAUGACUAUGAUAUUUCAGUCUUAGAGCUUUCCAGGCCUGUUCCUUACACAAAUGCAGUACACAAAAUUUGUCUCCCCGAUGCAUCCCACGAGUUCCGCCCUGGUGAUGAGAUGUUUGUGACAGGAUUUGGAGCACUGCAAAAUGAUGGUAGCAGUCAAAAUCAUCUUCGGCAAGUACAGGUAGAUCUUAUAGACACUAAAAGCUGCAAUGCACCCCAAGCUUACAAUAAUGCUAUAACUCCUGCAAUGUUAUGUGCUGGCUCCUUGAAAGGAAAUAGAGAUGCUUGCCAGGGCGACUCUGGAGGACCUCUGGUUAGUCCAGAUGCUAGAGAUAUCUGGUACCUUGCUGGAAUCGUGAGCUGGGGAGAUGAAUGUGGACAACCCAAUAAGCCUGGUGUUUAUACUAAAGUGACUGCCUUCCGAGACUGGAUCACUUCCAAAACUGGUGUCUAA